UCAUUUUCUUCUAUGAUCUGACGCGACCUCUGUUCUCAAUACACAUCCGUCCUCUCCAACUAGCCUGCAACACGUUAAUCUACAAUUAUGAACCAUACCGAAACCGUUACAACAUCGCCGAGUAUCCUCAAACCUGCCACCAGCUACACAUCGACUUCCCUCAGCGAACCAGUGAAGCUGCGCAUUGGCAAAGAGGGACUUACCUCCAGCGCACCACAAACCAUACCACAUUUUUUUCACGAAAUCUGUCGUCGCUAUGCUGAUCUACCCGCGCUAGUUUUUGCCAAUGAUACCAACAACAAUAGCACCGACCCCACCACACCAGUUUGGACGACCGUCACUUAUGCACAAUACGAACGCAAUGUGGAAAAGGUAGCACUCGCGCUGAUGCAUGUCGGUUUGCGUCCACGCACCACCGCUGUCAUACUCGCCUUCAAUUGCCCCGAAUGGUUUUAUACCGAAAUGGCCGCUUUGCGUUGUGGCGCUGUGGCGUCCGGCUUAUAUCUGACCAGUUCACCGGAAGCAGUGCGUCAUGCGCUCGAAACAGCGGAGGCGACCGUCUGUGUGGUCGACGACGCGACGCAGAUGGCAAAGGUGCACGAGGUGAGAGGAAGUUUACCACAGUUGCGCGCUGUCAUACAGUUGCAAGGACCAUUUGAAGAGUAUGUAGGUCGCGAGGAGGGUUACUAUCGUUGGGCUGACUUAAUGGCUAUGGAAUUCGAUGCGCAGCUGAAGGAAGAACUAUUGAAACGCGAACUCAAUAUAGCGGCUAAUGAGUGUGCGAUGCUAGUAUUCACUUCUGGCACAGUUGGGUUGCCGAAGGCUGUAAUGCUCUCCCAUGAUAAUAUCAUCUUAAACGCCAAAGCCUUACCACUCAAUGUAGACUUCAAAGAGGGUUCGGAGGUUGGUGUCAGCUUCUUGCCACUGUGUCACAUUGCCGCGCAAAUGUUCGACAUUAUUGUGAGCGCACGUAGUGGUAACUGCGUCUAUUUUGCAGAUCGUGAUGCGCUCAAAGGAACUCUGGUGAAAACUUUGACUAUGGUGCGCCCAACAUAUUUCUUCGCAGUGCCACGUGUCUUCGAGAAGAUGCAAGAACGCCUGAAGCAAGUCGAAUCAGAGUCCUCUUGGUUGGCGCGACUACUACUGAAUUACGCCCGGAAUACAAUGUUACAGUGCUACCUGAACCACGACGGAAGAGGUAAACCACCCGCUUCCAUCAAAUAUUGGUUGGCUUCACGUAUAACAGGAAAAAUUAAAGCCGCCAUGGGUCUGAAUUGCUGCGAUAUAGUCAGCUCUGGCGGCGCACCUGUCUCCAAAGACUUGAAGAUGUUCUUCCUGAGUAUAGACCUGCCAAUACAUGAGGCUUACGGUCUCUCCGAAACUACCAGCGCUGCUACUAUGGUACUAGAAUCUCGGCAAGUAGAGGGCGCUGGCAAACCAUACAGAGGCAUGGAAGUGAAAAUCGAUGAGACUGCUGCGGAAGAACAUGGUGAGAUCUGUUUUCGUGGUCGAUACGUUUUUAUGGGCUACUUGAAGGAGCAAGAGAAAACGAAUGAGGCUCUUGAUGCAGAUGGCUGGUUUCACACAGGCGAUAUUGGUUAUAUUAAUGAAAAUGGUGACCUUAUUAUAACCGGUCGCUUGAAGGAAUUGGUCAUUACGGCAGGUGGUGAGAAUAUACCGCCAGUGCACGUGGAAAAUUUGGUGAAGGCAGAAUUGCCAUGCAUCAGUAAUGCCUUACUUGUUGGCGACAAACGAAAGUACCUCACCAUAUUGCUUACAUUUAAGACCGAUAUGGAUACCCAAACUGGAUUGCCUUUGGACACUCUACAACCAGCAGCCGUUGCCUGGUUCCAAUCGCUGGGGCUUCACUACACACGCCUCUCUGAAGUUCUACGUAUACCCACGAAGUUGGAAGAAUUCGAUGCUGCGACCGUUGAAGUGCAGCCGGACCCGAAGGUUGUGGUGGCCAUUGAAGAGGCCAUAAAGCGUGCCAACCGAAAUGCCCUGUCCAAUGCGCAGAAGGUACAGAAAUUUGCGCUGUUGCCACACGAUUUCUCAAUACCAACAGGCGAAAUAGGUCCAACCUUGAAGUCCCGGCGUAGCGUAAUUUUAAAGAAAUAUGCUAAUGUUAUCGAGAGGCUGUAUCAAUAAACUGAAUAAG